AUGUCUGAUUCCCAGCUACCAAGCUCACCGACAUCAUUAGAAACGAAUACGCCCAUGGCGGAAAAUUGGUGCUACACACAGGCAAAAAUCAUCAAAUAUAGUUGUAUGUGGACAAUUAACAACUUUAGUUUUUGUGAGAAAGUUUUAAAAUCGAACCCAUUUUCUGCCGGCAUGAACAAAAAUUUAAAAUGGUGUUUACGAAUGAAUCCUAAAGGGGUAAGCAAAGAAAACGAAGAUUACCUAUCUUUAUUUUUAUCACUAUCAUCAUGCAAUAUGACUGAAGAAAACAAAAAUUACCUUUCUUUAUUUUUAUCACUAUUUCCAAGCCGCAAAACUGCAGUAGUUAGAGCAAAAUACAAAUUCUCAAUAUUAAACGCUAAACGGGAAGAAACCAAAAUUAAGAAGAGUCAAAAGGCCAACAGAUUCAUACAAGGACAGAAUUGUUGGGGGUUUAAAAAGUUCAUAAAACGUGAUUUCCUGUUGGACGAAACCAACAGCCUUUUACCCGAUGAUAAUCUUACAAUAUUUUGUGAAGUAAGGGUUAUAACUGGUAGUGUCCAGAUAUCCGGCCCGUAUAACGCAAUUCAGUUGAAAGUACCUGAAUGUCAUUUGCCCAAUGACUUAGGAAAUUUAUUCGAAGUACAAAAAUUUAGUGACGUAACUCUGUCUAUUAAUGGACGUGAAUUUCAAGCGCAUAAAGCUAUACUUGCUGCGAGAAGUCCCGUAUUUGCCGCAAUGUUUGAGCACGAGAUGAAAGAACGAAAACAGAACUGUGUUACCAUAACUGAUGUAGACCAUGAGGUCCUCAGAGAAAUGCUCAGGUUUAUCUACACUGGUCGAGCGGAAAAUUUAAAAAGGAUGGCGAACGACCUAUUAGUGGCAGCAGACAAGUAUGCUUUAGAAAGUCUGAAAGUCAUGUGCGAAGAAGCACUCUGUAAUAACCUGUCAAUCGACAAUGUGACAGAUAUAUUAAUAUUAGCCGAUGUUUACAGUGCCGAUCAAUUAAAAGUACAAACAAUCUAUUAUAUUAAUACUCAUGCAACUAACGUAAUAGAAACUAUUGGGUGGAAAACUAUGAUUCAAUCACACCCACAUCUAAUAGCAGAAGUGUUUCAUGCUUUUGCCACACAGCAAAUACCUUCAAUUGGACCACCUCCGAAACAUAUUAAACAAAGCUGA